UAUUUCUCACUUAUUGUCUUUUAUGUACUAACCUUAAAAUAUUUGUAUGAUAACAUCAGGGCCUUCUUUGCUUAAAGAUGUACAUAUUGGGAUUCCAAGUGGCGGGGUCUCAGGAGGCGUUGUCUCUCUGGUUCAAGGUUCUUAUGAAUACCAUCACUAUCUUCAAGAUGGCUUUGAUGAUUCAGGCUGGGGCUGUGCUUAUCGCUCUCUGCAGACUAUCAUUUCAUGGUUCAGACUCCAACACUACACAUCCAUUGAUGUUCCUUCUCAUAGGGAAAUACAACAAGCACUUGUGGAGAUCGGAGAUAAAGAUCCUUCUUUUAUUGGAUCACGUGAAUGGAUUGGUGCUAUUGAGUUGAGCUUUGUUUUAGAUAAACUUCUGGGCGUAAGUUGCAAGAUCAUAAAUGUUAGAUCCGGAGCUGAGCUUCCUGAAAACUGUCGAGAGCUGGCCUUGCACUUUGAGAAUCAAGGAACACCUAUCAUGAUUGGUGGUGGUGUUCUUGCAUACACCCUUCUAGGAGUUGAUUACAAUGAAGUGAGUGGAGAUUGUGCAUUUCUAAUACUUGAUCCUCACUAUACUGGCAAUGAUGAUCACAAGAAAAUUGUAAAUGGUGGAUGGUGUGGAUGGAAGAAGGCUGUUGAUAGCAAGGGAAGGAAUUUCUUUUUACAUGACAAGUUCUAUAAUCUUCUCCUGCCGCAGAGGCCCAACAUGGUGUAGUAAGAAACAUAGAUAGACAAACAAUCUGAUACUCCCAAGCCUCAACCCCUUUAUGUAGAAAGUGAAAUCUUCUAGCAAUUUACUUGGCAUGAAGAGUGUUAUAUACUAGGAGGGGUUGAUACAAGCCACAGGCAAAUUUCUCCGAGUGUUUAGAUUUAAGUUUCGAGUGUGCAGCGAAAUCUUUAUUUUUUCUCUUCAUUUUUUGAUUGAGUUUUGCUUGCAAGGAAAUUAUUUAAGCUAUUUGGUAAGUACAGGGAAAUUAUUUUCUAAUGCAAUGCUUGUU